AUGUCAGCGUUCAAUCAUCACCGUGUCCAUUUUCUAACUUCACCAAAUCAAUCAACACCAACACCCUCAUCAUCAUCAAGAUACACCAAAUUAUCAAAACUAUCAAAAGCUAUAACAACUAAUGCAAAUCAUUUCAACUUGAAUCAUGAUCUCAUCAACUCAUCAAUUCAUUUAAAUCAUUUUCAUCAUCAAAUUACUCAAACUCAUCAAACUCAUGAUCUUAAUUCUAAGUCGGGUUCAUUAAUCAAACUUUCAAAUAAAUUAUUCUGUUUUCAAACUUCAAAUAAUCAUCAAGAACAAUUAUCUUUGACUGAAUUUGAAUUAUCAAUAUGUGUCAUUAAAUCUCAACUCGAUCCUAUUGAAGAUUUUAUUCAAAUAAGUGAAUUAUCUUCAAGUAAAUGUAGAAAGUUAAGAGUCAAUUAUCAAAAGAUGAAAGUUGAAAUCAAAGAAACGAGAAUGAGAGAAAUCAUCAGAAACAUCUCAAGAAAAACUAGUCUUAGUAGAGUCAUCAUAGAUGAAGCUUUAGCUAAAGAAUUAGGUGUUCUAUAUCAUCAUCAAGAAAAACAUUCAACUCAUUCAUCCAUCGAUUCGCUUCAAUCUACUGCUGCUCAUCAUCAUCAUCAGCCACAGUCACAGCAGCAGCAUAAUCCUGAAUCGAAUCAUACUCCCAUCAUCAACAAUCAUCAUUCAUCUCGUGAUCGGAGUUCACUUUAUAAUUCAGAUGGGCUUCCUACUCGAUCUGCUUCAUUUAGUACCACCACUCCAGUUCGUACUCCUCAACUACAACGACCUAAUCCCACUUCAUCCUCUCUCAAACUAUCAACUUCAAAGUGA